AUGAAAUUUUCUAAAUCUUUUCAAAGUGAAGCCGUGCCAGAAUGGAAGAUUAAGUAUAUUGAUUACAAAGGAUUGAAAAAAAAGUUACGUUUGGUUCAAAAAGCUCGAAUAUCGAGAGAAAGGGAAUUAAGCUACCAAUUAUCAAAUCGUCAAACACCAUUACAAUAUGAUAAAAAUCAAGAAUUUCAAGAAAACCAAAGAGAAGUAAUUGAAAAAGAUGAAGAAAUUCAAAUGGAUGACGAAUUUCGUCACCAUUCAUACCCACAUGAAUUCCCAACACCACCACCACCAUUAAAUACAUCAAGGCGAACUUCAUACCAAUCCCAAACUAGUCAAGGAAGAUUUAGCUUUACUGGGAUGGCUGAAACCGCCAACUCCUUCAUGCGUGGAGUCUCAUGGAAAUUGCAUAAUAAUCCAAAAAGACAAUCUAUUUCGGAAAAUACACGGUAUCCGUUAAUAACAUCAUUAGAUACAAUUAUGGACCAAGUAAACCCGGAAGAACGAGUUUUUUUCGUAGCUUUAGAACAAGAAUUAGAAAAAGUAAAAAUAUUUUAUGAUUCACAAGAGAAAGAAGCUAUAAGGCGUUUUGCCAUUCUUCAACAACAACUCGAAGAUUUAAAAGCCUUAAAAACUAAUCAUAAAAAAACGUCAGGGCGCAAUAUAAAGCAGAGUAUAGGAAACAUUGCAACAAGAAUGUCGUCGUCUUCUUUUGGUAGAAAUAGUACGUAUGAUUUUGCAGUUGAUUACAAAGAAGCAAAGAAAAAAAUAAGAAAAGCAAUAUUUGAAUUUUAUAGAGGUGUAAAAAUGCUAAAUGAAUACAGGGUGCUUAAUAAAUUGGGAUUUAUUAAAAUCCUAAAAAAAUAUGACAUUUCUUCAAAACGUAAUGGCUCUCAAAUCUAUUUACCGAAAGUUAAAAGUAGUAAUUUUAUAAAAUCUGAUAUAUUAAAUUUACUUAUCAAGGAUGUCGAGAUAUUCAAUGGAGCGUCUUUGCGUGUUGGUUUAUAUCUUGGAAUAGCAAUUCCGAUCAUAAUUUUUUAUGCAUCAAGUACACAACCCGAGAAAUGGGGUGUUUUAAUUCAUCUAUACAUUGGAGUUUUAUUACCAAUAAUAAUGUCUCUACUAAUUGGAAUUAAUAUGUAUAUUUGGGAUCAAACACGUAUAAAUUACAAAUUUAUAUUUGAAUUCGAUCCGAGAGAUAAUCUGAAUUUUCAACAAUAUUUGGAGGGUCGACAAAUUGCUUGUUUUUAUUAUCGUGUAGAAUUUCGCGAUUUCUUUAUUGCUGAUGUUUUGAACAGUUUAUCGUAUUCCUUUACUACUAUGAGACUCUUAACGUGUAUAUUUAACGAAGAUUGUAAUGAUACUUUAACGAUAUUCGUUCCAUUACUUGGUAUGAUCCCUGCUACCAUACGUAUGAUUCAUUGUUUAAGACGUUACCAUGACACCGGAAAAAUCUUUCCUCAUUUGAUCAAUGCUUUGAAAUAUUUAUCUACUAUGAUUCCAUUAUGGGCUUUAUAUUUUAAUCGUAUACAAAGCAAUUAUUUUGUUUAUACAAUUUGGAUCAUAUCACAAACUAUCGCAACAUUGUAUGCAUUUUCAUGGGAUGUUCUGAUGGAUUGGUCAUUAUUCAGUUUACAAAGUGAAAAUUAUUUAUUAAGGGAUCAUUUAGUUUACAAUGAAAAUUGGAUUUAUUAUGCCGGAAUUGCAGUAAAUUUCUUUUUGAGAUCAAGUUGGGUUUUUAUUUUAAUAUUUCCCCAUGGUUACGUAAAUGUCGCACUCUUUAUUGCAAUUGGUGAAAUUAUCAGAAGAUGGAUAUGGAAUUUCUUUAGAGUUGAAAAUGAGGUAUAUAAGCUUGUUUUUUAUUUCUAUUGUGCAGUAGAAGUGCCGUUACCAUUCGAAGUUGCGCCAAUUCAGAUAAAGAUCGGAGAAGAAAUAAUAAAUUCUGAUUCAAAAACCGAUUCAGUCGACGAUAUGAUUAUUGACGAUAAAGAGAGUCCGGUAUCAACAAACUGGUUGGUUAAUUUGAUUAGGUCGAAUCGAGCCAACGGAACCAGCAAGAAAGAUGAUUGGAAGGAUUUCGAAGCUAGUGGUGAUACAAGCUACUCUAGUAGAAAAUUGCCAAUAUAUUCUUGA